CACAUCCGGCAGCAGCACUGCAGUAUUGGUCGAUCCCGCUUCAGUAACACCGAAGUUGGUCGAAUUUCCUAUAUAUUAUUGAUAAAUAGCUCGCGUUACUCGUGUGACUUUUACCAUAAAAUCAACGUCGGUGUCCGUAAUUAAGGAAGGAAACUCUCGGAUCACCGGAAACGUCGUAUAUACUAAUAACCAAGAAGAGACGCAGAAACGGUUAGGGAGUAAGCGCGUUAAUUCUAACAAGAGAAUCAUCGUAAGGGAUUAUCGUGCAUUGGGUGUGACGGACAUUUAUAUAUCCGAACGCGAGUUGCAUGAAAGUCGUGCCGUGUUGCGUGAAGUGUUGAAGGAACGCUCGAUUAUUCGUGGAUCUCGAUGGGUGUAUGUGCGAUUAUGUCGAGCGCCACCGAACCGAGGUGAGCGUUAUAGAAGGGGAAACUGGCCAAAAGAAGCUGCCUUCGAAUCUGUUUUUUGCUCCGCCAUUGUACGCUACGAGAGUACCGCGAAGGAAGCCGCUUGCCUCAUUUUCCCCGUGUUUUUAUCUUCAAUUACAUUUUAACGUACCGAACGUUAGCUCGACCGUGUAAACGCGCCUACGUCCGCGUUUAACGCACCGUCUCGUGGUUACGCUAUUCACGAGGCGAAGCACGUUAGUGUCUUCUAUCUUUCUCUGUUUCGUGUUUUCUAUCUCGCUCUAACUUUUUCCCUUGCUCUCUCUCUCUCUCUCUGACACACACACACACACACGCACGCACACACAUACGUGCGCGCGCGCAAGCACGCACGCACAUACACGUACAUUUCUCAUUUUCUUUCUCACUCUCUUUCCCUUUCCCUCUGGUGUAUAUAAUACCUCUCGAUGCCUUCGACAUCUCUGCGGAAGUCGUAUGUGUAAAGGUUUUUCGCGUACGUGGACAUUGGUGAAUACGCGAAGUGAUUCGUAUAAUAGCUGUGUCUUUUGCCGGGGAUACAAAUCUUGCGCGUCAUUAUGCAAUAGACGACGUGCAACUGACGAGAAAGAACUGCCUCCUCUGUUGAGGACGAGGACGGCGGUGGUGUUGUGCGGCAUGUUUUUAUCUUUGUUUUCCAAUUCCGUGCCACGACGAGGAAACGCUGCCGCUACUGCCGCCACCGCCGCCGCCACCGCUGCUGCUGCUGCUGUUGCUGCUGCUGCUGCUGCUGCUGCUACUACCGCUGCUACUACUACUACUACUACUACUACUACUACUACUACUACUACUACUACUACUACUGCUGUUGUUUUCUAUAUUUCGCGACGAGUAAUCACGUGGGAAUGCGUCAAACGAUGCAAGCAUAUCUGUUAUUAAUCUUCACGACAUGUAUACUUGGUAGUGAUAUCUAGUGUAAUUAUGUGCAACACUCCGUAUCAUAGUGCUGACCGGAAAUUUCUACCUUCGAUUAAGCUUCCUUCCUACCUCCUUAAUCACUUUUAUUCAACGUUCUAUCCUUCGUUAUUUCGUCAAACAACACAGUGUUCGGGACUUUCUUUCACAAACGCGUAGCAGCGUUUUGUUUCAUCGCAUUCCAAUUUCUUAAUAACGCGUUGAUAUCGUUAUUCGCCGGCAGCCGCUUACCGUCUCAGCUUACUCUACGUUCGAAGUUCACCGCUCGAAUACUGUGAUUCGACAUAUAUUGGAACAUAUAUCUUCGUGGGAAGAACGAUCUUGCUUUUCUGACGUUCCUCUUCGCUUACUCCGCGUGUUUGGAUGUUGCCACACCGAGGAGUAUCGGUUUGAAGAAUCUUCGAUUUUCAACGGGCUUCCUAUUCUGCGAGCGAAGAGUACAAGAUUAAGGUUAUGAGUUGGUCCAAAACACGCAAAUGAAACACAGAAAUGAAGAAAUUAAACAGGAUGGAGAAUACUGUUGAAACAACAUAAUAUUAAAUGUGGAAUGAAUAAAGAAAGAGUACGAGGUUCAAAAGGGAAAUAAAACAGAAGAAAGAAAUUAUUCCAAAGCAUAACAAUAGUUAAUACAAGUGCAGGACAAUAAAUCAGUAAUGGAUGAAUGGGAGUGAGAACAGCACAUGUGAAGUGUAGGUGUGGGUGCGUACGCACGUGGGAGCCUCUGGAUGUCGAGGCCGCAGCACUGGCAGUGUCAGUGGCAGUGAUGGCCCCUGCUCUGACGGAAGGUGGUCCUCAAAAGCCUGAAAAUUUGCUCCCUUCCCUUCCAGCUGGUGGAUUUCUUUCCCCAGAGCAGGCUACACAGUUGUGCCAGAAUCGUGAAAUUCUGGCGAAAUUUGUUGUUUCUGCAAACGUCCAACCAUCAAAGAUUGAUGAACAGUGCUUACAUGGUAUAUCCAAAGACCUCAUUCGUGAUGUCAUCAACUCGAAAUAUGCCAAUGAUCUUGAUAGUUUGUCUACGUUUACGCACGGAUCUGACUUGAUUACAAAGAAGGCAUUAAUAAAACAGGACUGUGAACAACUGGACAUUACGGGCAGUCCAGGAAAAAAGGUGACUGAUACUAUAAUGAACGACCCAUCUAUGGGUGAUCAAGCGGACAAUAUGGGAUUUUUGAAAUCAAGCGCAGAUUUGCCUUUGGUAGGCUCAGAAACAGUAGGAGAUAAUAAAAGUCUGGAUGUGGAUCAAAUAAUGGCCUUUGGUACAGAUAUAACUGCGGAUAAUGAACAAUGUAACAUGAGCAAUGUUGGUGAUAUUGGACAGAAUGUUGAGGAGAUUUUACAAGUUAUUAAAUCUAUUGAAGGUGUGGAAAAUGCAGAAAAUAUAUCUACAGGUAGUAAUGAACCAGCGCAAAGCACUGUGGAUGGAGUUGAAAUGUUUUCUAUGCCUGAAGAAGGAUUUCCUUCCUUUGAAAGAGAUUUACUUGAUGUUGAUGUUAUGAGUAUUUGCAAUAUUGCUGAUGCAGUGGACCAACAAAAAGUCAACACCUUAAAGUUACAGCAAGAUAUUGUUGCCCAAAAACAACACGAGAGUGAAAGAAAAUGUGCAUUUUUAUUAAGAAGACUGAGGAAGCUUCAAGCAAGAAUAAUAGGCAGGCAUGUUGCUGAAGAAAACACUGGAGUUCUUGAGCUUGCUCAUCAUGGAGUGAAAAAAUAUCUUUUUCAAGAAUUGGUUAAUAUCAGUUCUAAGUCUAAUGUUAAAAACUUUCCUGAGAUUAGUAGUAGUUUGAGUUCAUUUUUGCAAAAAGUUGAGAAAAUGUGUGUUGCCCAGAGCAAUAGUGUGAAUCGUCAGCGAUUGUGUUGCCGUUAUUUUGGUGAUGGAUCGCGUGACAAUUUGGGUAGUACUUCUGGUAAUAAUAGUAACCGUCAGUCAGUGUUUGGUACACCUCAAGUUAAAGUUAGAGGGGAAGAAGUAGAAAGUGUGGCAGGACCUUUAGCCUCGCAAUUACAUAUUGUGGAAUCUAAUCUUGACUCUGAUUGUACUGCAUCAAGUAGUGGUGGAGAAAGUUGUGAUGAAAUGCAGUCAUUUAACAAUCCACAUCAACAAAGAAUAUCUAUAUCAAAACGGGCAGCAUGGAGGUAUGCUCAAGAUCGUGCAGGUGUAGCAGCAAGAUGGACGUGGCUGCAGGCACAAAUAUCGGAUUUGGAAUAUAGGAUUAGACAGCAUAAUGAAUUGCAACGGCAUAUUAGAGCUAACAAGGGUUUAGUGAUACUUGAUAAUGCAGAAACAGUGAAUGGCUAUAGUGGUGUUUUACCAGGUUCUACAGGACGUUAUAAUUCACCAGAAGGUGAAUUACCUGCUAGUAGGACUCGGCCCUUUGUCUGGAGUUUUUACAGGAAGAGGAAAUUAUUACAACUAGAUAAGUUACACGAAGUCUCAAAGCGUGCUGCAAAAGCAUCAACUGUAAGAUGCAACUGCGAUCGUGUAUUACCACCAUGUGCUUUAUGCACUGGAAGAUUAGAUCCAAUGCAACCGCAAGAACCAAUUGAACAAAUGUCUGUACAAGAAAGGGUUGCACUUGUGGAUCCUAGUUUUCAUCCUGUUUUGUCAUUUCCUGAUGAAAUCACGCAGGGAACUCAUCUUGAUGCUAUCAUGAAAACAGUGGAAUGGCAACAAAAAAUGUUAAGGGGAAAUUUACGGAUCACACGUUUAAAAGAUAAAGAUACCAAUGAAAGGAGAAAUAAGAAACUUCCAGGGCACAGAGCAAAAUAUGCAGCUCGGUUAAAAAAAUCAUCGUCAAGUAUUCUUACCGCAAGAAUUAAGAAGAAAAUGCUAAAAGGAAAAAGAAACAGGCUUGGUCAUGAUAGAAGCGUUCAUGGUUUAAGUAGGAAGAGGGUACAGAAACUGACAACUGAAGAUGAUGAUGAUAUUAGUGCACUUUCCAGCUCUAGUAAGCAUUCAUCUCCAGUGCCUUCUCCUUUACAUCACACUAUUGCGUCUACUACAGAGAAGAACAUAGUUAAAGAAAAGAAUUCUCAUGGACGAUUGAGGCAAAAUUCGUACGAUAUUGAUAAUAUAGUUAUACCAUAUAGUGUAGCUGCUUCAACUAGGCUUGAAAAGUUACAAUACAAAGAAAUAUUAACACCGAAGUGGAGGUUAUGCGAAGAGCCUUCAAAGUUGGAUAUUAAAAAUGGUGUUAUGCAUAGGCCUAGUCAAGACAGUGAUUUCGAAGAUAUGUCAGACGAAACUAUAGCUUUAAGACAUGAACGAAGCGAACGAGAAGAAAACAAACGUUUUAUGACGUAUAUGAAUAUGCCACAUCAGUCUCGUAUUCGACAUAAUCGUAGGACAGAUAGUCGAGCAGAUAGUGGUGCGAAUACACCAGAUCCUAUGUCUCCACACGCAAGUGAUUUUGGUGGAGACAUGAUGUCACCAAUUACGUCACCUCCUGCAACUCCACAAGUUCAAGAAUCAGAACAUCAACAUAACUCUGAUAACUUGCAUCGAUCAUCUGCUUUGCAAAAUGCUUUACGGCGUCGUACUGCACCUAUGUUAAGAGUAGGGAAAGACGACACCGGUACUUCGGUAAAUGAAGAUGAAAAUGAGAUUUUGCCGUAUGAACCAAGGAUAUUUCCAUUAUCCGAAGAAGUAUAUGACAAAAUGCUGGAAGUGAUGCCAGAUGGGCAUUGGCAAGCUUCUUCAGCAUCUCUUUGUUCCCGUGAUGAAGAAAAAGCGGACGAUGAUGGGGAAAUGGAUUCUCCAGAAUCAGAUUCGACAGAAUCAGCUUGUUGUGACGUAGAGGGUGAGGAUCCCAAUGAUCCUGAAUGGACAGUAGCUGACGAUAGGGAUACUGAAAAGGAACGAAUACGUCCAACGGCUAAAAGAUAGGAUAAAGUCUUUAAUACAUACAGUAUGUCUACGUCGUCGUUACUAUAUGCAGAAGCUACCUGUCAAUUGUUAUAUAUACCUGUCGGUCAUGUAACAUGCACCUUAAGUUAAUGGUAUUAUGAAUCUGUAAAGUGUAUUAUAAAUAUAAAUUUUAUAACUUCA